AUGGCUUUAGCUCAAGAUCAUAAGGACUGUGAACAAUUCGUCAAGCCUGAAGAGAAAAUCAAGUGUUUCUGGCCUAUGAACCAUGCAGACAAGAAGAGUUACACGGAAAAGAACAUGAUCAGGGACAUGCAUAUCCUUGACAGGAAUGGUGUGGAAGCUGCAGGUCUGGGAAAUGGGAAUCUGCUUCUCGGAAGAACAUCACAACCACAGAGAUUGUAAAAUAUGGCCAUGCGGUGCAAAAUUUUAUAGUAAUUUUUUCUUUGUAUUUAGCCUAUAAACUUAUAUCUUUUUACAUAAAAAUAACCACUUACCAUUUAUCUUUCAAAAUGGAGUCCCAAAAUGAUGAUCGGUGGAGUAACUUCGCAAAAAUAUUUAUUUUUCUACUUUCGAACUACGUUUUUCCUAUGCUUUUGACUGAAAACACGACGAAUGACACUUGCCAGAGCAAUUUGCAUGGCGUGUGGAAAUGACGUGGCACGGGGACACAAAUAACAAAAAGGAAUUGCAGCGAGUUCCGCCUCUGUAUACUCUGUGCCCUGAUGAGUAAAAUCGUCUGGCAUUAGACAUUGAUUUGGCACAAUAGCAUAAUUAUAAAUAUUCAGACAUCUACACACAGUAUUAAAAAUCUGGCAAUAAGUCAAAAGUGUAUAUUUUUGCUUCAUCUAAUGUAUAUUGUAUUAAACAGUCCAACAUUUACCAUUAAAAUACCAUGAAAACGAAAGAUGAUAUUUUAUGACUUCUACAAAGCCAAUAAAAUAUACAAUGGCGUUCGAAUGCAUUUAACCCGACAUUGGAAACUACUGCUUUGUUUGCAACAUCCACUCUAUUUUUAUACAGAGCUUUUGCAGUUCUGCAGGAACACUUCUCCGAGCAAAACAAACCAUCAUCUCUGCAGGGACAACCUCGCUGCUUUUUCCCACUCUUUCGGCAACGGGUACACUGGCAAAACUAAGAAAAUUGAUGUACACAAUUAAAGAUGAAAGAAAAUUAUCUUAGAAUAUAUCAUGCAUAGCAAUAAAAAGUGUGAGUAACAGUGAGUAAUCACCUGCGUUCAUUAAGGAAAGAUAGGUAUCUGAGCAGUCGAUGUUGAAGGGCCUUCCAAAGACAGAGAAUGGCGUACUGGUGAACCAUAAUAAUUAGGAUCAUAAAUCUUCAGAAUCACUAUCCAAAUCCAACAUUUAAAAACGAAUAUUUAGCAAAGAAAUUCUACGAACAUUGUGUGCGUCUGCUGCCUGCAUGCAUAUUGAUUAGCUGUAGCCAAAUAUAAACAUAAACACAAGCAUGCAAGGGUUAAUGUAUCAUUUCAGGUCCUUUUUGAAAAUCCUUGUUCAAUGAAAAAGUUUUCCUGAUUAAAUAUUAUUACUACUUAUUACUAUCAAGGGAUCGUGUGAGAAUGCAAGAUCGCAACAACAGCAGGUAACAAAUCACAUCCAGUCCAGAAAGAAAGAAGAUCUCUUAGAUUUGGCCCUAUGGCAAAUUAAUAAGGUUUCUGAGGUUCAUACUCCAAUGUAUACUACUCAUACAUUAACAGGGCGUUCAGAAUUAUUUUGAGAAGGUGGGGUGGGGUGCGAAGUGGGAACUGGCAUGAACAUGACCACUGACAACCAUGUGCAAUGGUUGUCAGAAAAUGUUGGAAAAAUAUAAUUGCCUAGGUGGUCAAAAAGGACCACAAUGGCCCAAUAUAUGUUUUUUUUUAAAUACCUUGCCAAACCAUUAUUUAGACUAGUUAUGGAACCCCUCCUGCACCCCUUCUGGCCAAGGCUAAGGGGUGCACACCCCCAGCAAAUCCAUCACUGAAAAUACUUACCAUUAGUUGCGCCAUCAAUGAGAUCAAUAUAUUGCUUCAAAAACAACAUCAAUUGAUCACCAGUAGGAUCUUCCUCUUCAAGUUCAAUAAUCAUUUCAGCCAUUUCACAGAAAUGACACAUCAAUGCCAAAAAUGCAAAUUAACACAAUAGCCACUACAAUACUAUUUCUAGUUUCUACAGGACCUUACCCUCAUCAAAUCAUAAACGUUUUUGCUCAUGGUUGUCCCUGGGCAUUGUGGGAAAGGUGUUUAGAACGACAAUUAUUAUGCAGCAAUUAGAACAAGUAUUGUUCUUUUUUGAAAAAGUACAUUUUGGGGGGAUAAGAACAAGGUUCUUGAUGAAUAAUAGGUUUUUUACUUGGGCAACCUAUGUUUUGCCAGGUUACCAAGGCAACAAAUUAUUUUUUUUCAAAAUUUCAACUUGUUUACAAAUUGCCAAAGGUUUCUCAUGAAUACAAAUAAAAAAAGCCACUAAGUGCAGCAGAAAGACAAAAGAAAAGAAAAGAAGAGAGAAGCUUAAGAAAGAAGGUAGAUAUGAGGAGUAUAAAGCUAAACAUGCAAACACUGUCAAAAAGUAUAGAGAGAAGCAGACACUUAGACUAGAAAGCCUUACUGUAGAAGAAAAAGAUCAGUUAGUUUUAGAAAGAAGAGAGGAUAGAAUUAGGAAGCAAAAGAGCCGAGCAAAAACAAGAACAGUGUUAAGUCCAUUAGGAUCAGCACAGAGCUCUGGUAAAGCAUAUUGUCGCACAAGUUCCCUAAAUCGAGCUGUCAAUGUCGUUAAAAAAUCACUUCCAGCCAGGUCAAGAAAGCAUCGAAAUGUCUUGUGGAAACUUGCAGAUGAAUUUGGCAAGGAUGAGGAUGUUGCCACCAAAGCCAACAAACACCUAUUAUCACUUGCUGCUGAAGCAAUAGAGGCAGUGAAGAACUUUUACACUAGCGACAAAAUAAGUCGAAUGGCUCCGGGCAAGAGAGAUGUUGUAACCAUUAAGGACCAGGAUGGAAAGAAGAAAUUGCAAAAUCGACAUCUUUACAUGAGCAUCAAAGAAACAUACAGGGUCUUCAAAGAUGAGAAUCGAAAUGUGAAGAUUGGGUUAACCAAAUUUUCAACGUUGCAUCCUCCAAAUGUUCUCCUCAGCUCACAAACACCAUCCAAUGUCUGCACAUGUGUUUACCACCAAAAUAUGUUCCUGGCAUUAGGUGCAAUCCAUAGUCAUGUUCCUGGCAUACCGGUUUAUUCCACAGAUUUUUCAGCUUCAUGUGUGCUCAAUCCAGAGAGUGAUUUAUGUUGGUUUGGCAACUGUUCACAUGAUGGUUGUGGCUUUGAAGAAAAGUACCCAUUACCUGACACAGUUAAGAACUUACCAGCAAAGUGGAUGAAAUGGCAAGAAGCAAAUGGAAGACUGGCCAAGCUCCAGAACACACGAAGAGUCCAAGAUUUGUACGACCACAUCUGCUCCAUAUCAAAGAAGUUUUUAGCCCACUGCCACAUCAAACGCCUCCAAUCAAAGCAAUAUGAGCUGGAUAAAGAGUUGGCUUCAUUGCAGGACAGUGAUAUAGCUCAAGAUGAGAUCCAAUCAGCUCACUGGAACCAAAAUCAAGUUACCCUCUUUACCACUGUUACCUGGCUCAAAGGGAAGUUAUGUCCAAGGUGA